CCCCGAGGCGGGCAGGAGCGCCAGGCCGCGCGGGGCGGCGGGGUCGCGCCUCUCCUUCCGCGGUUGAACCUCGGGAGCUGGCCCAGCCCGCGGCGCGUUCGCGGAGUGGGAGGGCCCCUCGGCGCGGGCGUUAGCGGAGGGUGUGAAGAGAAAAAAUGACACUCCAGUGGGUGGCAGUUGCAACCUUUCUUUAUGCUGAAAUAGGACUUAUUUUAAUCUUCUGUCUGCCUUUUAUUCCUCCUCAGAGAUGGCAGAAGAUUUUUUCAUUUAAUGUCUGGGGUAAAAUUGCAACUUUCUGGAACAAGGCUUUCCUUACUAUUAUAGUCCUACUGAUUGUUCUAUUUCUAGAUGCUGUGAGAGAAGUAAGGAAAUAUUCAUCUGCACCUGCCAUUGAAAAAGGCUUAACCAGCAGACCUGGAGCCUAUGAACACACACAGAUGAAACUUUUUAGGUCUCAAAGAAAUCUUUAUAUUUCUGGAUUUUCAUUAUUUUUUUGGCUAGUGUUGAGACGUCUGGUUAUCCUUAUUACACAGCUGGCUAAAGAACUGUCAAACAAAGGAGUACUUAAAACUCAAGCAGAAAAUACUAAUGAGGCUGCCAAAAAAUUCAUGGAAGAGAAUGAAAGACUAAAACGGCUCUUGAAAACCUAUGCCAAGGAAGAGGAACACAUUUUGGAAGCAGAAAAUAAAAAACUAGUAGAAGACCAGGAAAAACUGAAAACUGAAUUAAAGAAGACUUCAGAUGCCCUCUCUAAGGCACAGAAUGAUGUGAUGACAAUGAGAAUGCAAUCAGAGCGACUUUCAAAAGAAUACGACCGACUCCUAAAAGAACACACAGAACUUCAGAAUCGUUCAGGGAAAGACAAUAAGAAGGGCCUGUGAACUUUGAAAGAAGAUUGUGCGAUGCCAUGUGAAGAUGAUCAAUUUGUUAUCAUGCUAGCCUCUAGAACAUUUAAAAUUCAGUUCGGAAAAAGGUACUAUUUACAACCAGCCAAUAAUUUUUUUAAAGCCACAUAUAGGCUGUUAUCAUAACAGCAUUGUCACAAUAUUUGAUGAUGUUUCAGAUGUGUUGUAAAGUCUGUAUUCCAGCUCUCAUGUGAAAUGUAAGCACGAUAAGCACCCCAUUGAAAUGUCUAGAGUAACAUUGCUGUUUACCAAUAAAAGGACAAAUUUAUAACCAGUCACUUCCAAAACUAGAUUUUUAAGUUGAUGAAACCAUUAAUAGCCUUAAAAGCUUUGAUGAGUUUUCAAUAAUAAUAAUAAUCUAUUUAAUGAGAUGAUAAUGCUGAUAUAUUUGAAAACAGUAUUCAGUAUUAGCAAAUUUGUUCAUAGGGAGACUAAAUAAGGAAAAAUGAUCAGAAUUAGCCACUGUAUAUAUAGGGAAGAGUCAUAAAGAGCAAAAAAUAAAAGCAAUGACCUUAGUUGUUGUUUUUUAUAAGUCUGGUGAUUAACUAUAGUUUACUCUUAUAAGACAGCUAUAUUGAUGAUUAUAUUUUUGUUACUGUGCUUCUAUACCCAUUGGACUGUUUUUGUUGACAUUGGUGUUAAUAAUACAUAAUUAGUAGAUGUUACACCUUUUUAAAGUUCAUCUGGUAAUGAAGUUUACAUCUGUUUGCAUAACUGCCAUACACUGAACUUAAAAUUAUUUUACAACAA